AGUAGUGUAAUAUAAAAAGAGCAGAGUGAAGAGCUCAGGUAGGCUACCUCUCUCGUGCUUGACUCGACCCAAGAGGACCAUGCAGAGGCUCGCUUCAUAUGUUUUCUUUAUUGUCUGCUGUGGUCUGGCAUUAUCCCAGCCGAAAACAGACCGACAAUGUUUGAGGGAGAAGGUCAUCACAUUCCCACAGCUGACCACCAGCAGCUGGGCGAAGCUCCACCCAAAUGAAUCCAUGGAUAUCCAAGUGACCGCCAACCCAUGUCUGUUUUCUCUGGCCACGCCAUCCCUCUCUCAAGACUUUUCUUUAUCUUGGUCAGCUGACCUCAAACAAUACCAGAUGUCGAUUCAUAACAACCCUGUUCAAUUCAAAGGGUUGACAUUCAAUUUAAAUCAGUGGAACUCGGUGUGUGCGGCCUGGGAUGCCAACAGUGGUCUUGCACAAAUGUUUGUGAAUGAAGUAGCCAGCAUUAGGAAGGUGGUGGGCCCUACGGUAGCUUUUAAAGAAGCACCUGUCAUAACACUCGGACAGUAUCAGACCCAAUAUGGUGGAGGGUUCCAGCAAACUAAUGUCUUCACAGGUUUUAUAUCAGAUGUGCACAUGCACAAACAAGUCCUUUCCCCUCGUCAGAUUAAGACAUACAUGGUGGCAAAGACCAAAUACAAACUUGGUGAUUACAUUAACUGGCACAAUCUGAAAUACACCAUUGCUGGGUCUGCACAAGUGGAAGAAAAGCAGCAAGUAACCUUCUAUACCAAAGAAGAGAAGAUAUAGUGCUGCAAUAUCAUUGUAAUGUCAUGAGAAAUUAAUAAACAUCUUGACAGUGAA